AUAUAGUUAAGCAGUUGGAAUAAUGGCAAUAAAUAUAUCUUCUCAUAAAUUUUUUCUUAAAUCUAGUUAAUUAUCAUCGGAGAGAAUAAACAAGUGAUUUCUUAGUUGAACAGUUUUUAUUACGCUCUAUAUGACUAUAUGGAUUAUGCGUCAGGUAGUCAUUGGUAAAAAUUCAUCUCUAAAUAGAUAUUCUAAUAUUCAAUUAUACGCGCAAGUCAUACGUAAAUAGAUAUUUUGAGUUGGCUGUGAUGUCUAACUCUGGACUCGAGGCCGGCGUUUUAAAUGAAUGAACAAUAUAAGCAGGCAACCAAGUUUUACUGAGGCGUCGACUGCUAGAGAAUUUCCACUGUUUAUUUUACUUCCGCGAAGGCUGAAGCUUUUCCGUUUCUGCCUAACGUUGCAUCAUCUAAGUGCGUCGUCUCACUUGUGGUUAUCGGGGAAAAAAUCGACAAACUAAGUUCAGAUUAUAUUUAUUAAGCAAGCACCGAAAUGAUGCUUUUUUUAAACCUCUGGUACACGUGACAGUAGCUUACGCCUAUAAUAUAUGUGUAGCAUACAUAUAAGUAUAACAAACCAAACGAAUGAAUCAAAGAUUUACAUAUCACCAAAUUGUAUGCUCACCGUUUAAGCUGCCACCACCGCCUCGACGCCUCCGCAAAUACUUUUUGCACCACUUGGUUUGCUACACUUUCACUUUCGUUAUUGUGUACAUUUUUUUCGCGAUUAUUAUUGAGAACACAUACGGGUUACGUUAGCUCGCCAAAUUUGUAAGAAGAUUCACAAUGUCUGAAGAUGCAAGUGGUUCAAAUAUUACUGAUUCAACACCCAGCAUGACUGAAUGUUAUGAAAAUUAUGUAUUAGUAGAUGUUGGUGCUAAUCUUACGAAUAAAAAGUAUAGCAGAGAUUUAGAUAGUGUUGUACAAAGAGCCAAAGAUGCUGGUGUACAAAAAAUUAUGGUUACUGGUGCUAGUAUCAGGUCAAGUAAAGAGGCAUUACGCUUGACCAGAAUUUAUCCUGGAAAUCUGUACUCCACUGCAGGAGUGCAUCCACAUGAUGCCAAAUCUUGGCAGGAUCCAGAAACAUUAGAAGAAUUAGAGACUAUUGCUAAAAAUCCUGAAUGUGUUGCUAUUGGAGAAUGUGGGUUGGAUUAUAAUAAGGAUUUUUCAGAACCAAUAAUCCAACGGUCUGUAUUUGAAAAACAAGUUGAGCUUGCAUGUACUUUGAAUAAACCCUUAGUUAUUCAUGAACGAGGAGCGCAAGCUGAUGUUUUAGAAAUUUUAAAUCGUCAUACUGAUCAAAUACCUCCGGUUCUCAUACAUUCAUUCAUUGGUACUGCAGAAGAAGCUCAAAUAUAUUUAAAUCAUGGCUAUUAUUUAGGCAUAACUGGUUAUGUGUGUAAAGACAAAUCUGAUAGUGGUGUGAGACAAUUGUUAGAAGGUGGUCAAAUAUCUUUAGAUAAAAUUCUCAUUGAAACUGAUGCACCUUUUAUGUAUCCUAAUACAAGAGCUAGCAAACUGCCUACUCAUGUAAAAGAUGCACUAACGGAACGUUCUACAACAUUUUUGCAACGUUAUUGUACUUUUCAAAGAAAUGAACCCUGUGCAUUACCAGCUAUAGUGGAAAUGGUUGCUGCAUUUAUGCACAAAACUCCUGAAGAAGUUGCACUUGCUACAGCCUUUAAUGCUCUCAAGAUUUUUGGUUUAAAUCAAUGAUUGUAAGUGAUAAAAUCUAUGACUAAAUUGUAAGCAAGUGGUGCUGAAAAAUAUAAUUGCUAAAAAAUUUGAAGAGCAAAAAAUGUCAAUUUAUAUUUUUUUAUUUCUAGAAUUUAUAUUGUCUUUUAUUGCAUCAUGUUCAAGUCCAUCAUAUCUUUAUCAUAAAUUUUUAUUUUAAAUCAUCAUUGAAAGUAAUUAUAUCAAAAUUGUAAUCAAAUUGUAAAAACGUUGUAAGAUAUAAAUGUUUAUAUUUUAUUGUUGACAUAUUGUAUAUUUUCAUAAGAAUAAAUUUAUAUGAAGCUAAUGCAGUGGAUUACCAUCAAAAUUUUUUAUCUCAGUUGAAAUUUUUAAACUUUUUUUGAUAUAUAAAAUAUAUUGUUUCAUCAAAAUAUUAUUUACAAUUCUUGUAUGAUUAAAAAAGUUCAUUAGUCACUCAAUUUAUAAACUUCACUCAAAAAUGGUUCUCAAAAUACAUACAGAAUAACAAUUUGUAAAAAUUUAACAUUUUUCUUAUAUAAUACUCUCAGUAUUUACAUAAAAUUUGAUAACAUAAAAGAUA